GGCGGCAGGUGAGGAUGCGGCUGGGAAGGCGCUCCCGCGUCGGCGGUGCUGGCGGCCGCCAAGGCUGAGGUUGCUGCCAUGGCUUUGCCCGGCGCCGGGGCGGCGGCCGCCGGCGGGGGUCCGUGUCCGCUGUGGACGGCAUUGUACGACUAUGAGGCGAGCGGUGAGGACGAGCUGAGCUUGCGGCGAGGGGACGUGGUGGAGGUGCUGUCGCAGGACGCGGCCGUGUCCGGCGACGACGGCUGGUGGGCGGGGAAGAUCCGCCACCGCCUCGGAAUCUUCCCCGCCAACUACGUGACCCGCCAGCCCCGCGGCGGGGUGGCGACGGGCGGCGACGGGCGGGGGGAUCCCGCGGGGAGCCUGACGGAAAUUGACUUCCAGCACCUGGAACUGCAGGAGAUCAUCGGUGUUGGGGGCUUCGGGAAGGUGUAUCGAGCCACCUGGCAGGGCCGCGAGGUGGCCGUGAAAGCGGCGCGACAGGACCCCGACGAGGACAUCACGGCCACGGCGGAGAGUGUGCGGCAGGAGGCCAAGCUCUUCUCUAUGCUAAGGCAUCCCAACAUCAUCGCCCUGCAUGGGGUCUGCCUGCGGGAGCCUAACCUCUGCCUCGUCAUGGAGUUUGCCCGUGGCGGCUCUCUCAACAGGGCCCUGGCCGCUGCCGCCCCCGGUGUCGGGGCCGCCCGCGGGGGCCGCCGCAUCCCCCCGCAUAUCCUGGUGAACUGGGCGGUGCAGAUCGCCCGCGGCAUGCUCUACCUGCACGACGAGGCCAUCGUCCCCAUUCUACACCGGGACCUCAAGUCAAGCAACAUUUUGUUACUAGAGAAGAUGGAACAUGAUGACAUUUGUAAUAAAACUCUGAAGAUUACAGACUUUGGUCUGGCGAGAGAGUGGCACAGAACAACCAAAAUGAGUGCUGCAGGGACUUAUGCGUGGAUGGCUCCAGAAGUUAUCAAGUCUUCAAUGUUUUCUAAAGGAAGUGAUAUUUGGAGUUACGGAGUGUUGCUGUGGGAACUCCUUACAGGAGAAGUUCCUUACCGUGGCAUUGAUGGCCUUGCUGUGGCUUACGGAGUUGCUGUCAAUAAGCUUACUUUGCCCAUUCCAUCCACCUGCCCUGAACCAUUUGCAAAACUAAUGAAAGAAUGCUGGGAGCAGGACCCUCAUAUCCGACCAUCGUUUGCCUUAAUUCUUGAACAGCUUACUGCUAUCGAAGGGGCAGUUAUGACUGAAAUGCCUCAAGAGUCUUUCCAUUCUAUGCAAGAUGACUGGAAAUUGGAAAUUCAGCAGAUAUUCAAUGAACUGAGGACCAAAGAAAAAGAGCUUCGAUCACGAGAAGAGGAGUUGACAAGAGCAGCUCUUCAGCAGAAAUCUCAAGAAGAGUUACUGAAGCGCCGUGAGCAGCAGUUGGCAGAACGUGAGAUUGAUGUACUGGAGCGAGAGCUGAAUAUCAUGAUAUUCCAGUUAAAUCAAGAAAAACCCAAUGUAAAGAAGAGGAAGGGCAAAUUCAAAAAAAGCCGGCUAAAGCUUAAAGAUGGGCACAGAAUUAGUUUGCCCUCAGAUUUCCAGCACAAAAUAACAGUGCAGGCAUCUCCCAAUCUAGAUAAGAGGAGGAGUCUGAACAGUAACAGCUCCAGUCCAUCAAGUAGCCCCACAAUAAUUCCUCGUCUUAGAGCUAUACAGUUGAUACCCAAAACAGAUAAACACACACCUAACGGCCGAAGAAACAGUGUAUAUGUGUACCAACAAGAUGUAGAUAUCACAAGUGAAUAUGAACUUCCCAUUGGGGUUAUGAAAAAAGUAACUUCGGAUGAAAGCAACAAAACUUGGGGAAGAAGCACAACGUAUCACCAUGAAGAGUUUGAAGAUGUGAAAAGAAGUUUUAAAAAGAGAGGUUGUACAUGGGGACCAAGUUCAGUUCAAACAAAGGACCGUGCAGACUGUAAGGACAAAAUAAGACCCCUUUCAGAUGGCAGUAAUCCCUGGUCAACUAUUUUAAUGAAGAAUCAGAAGGGUGUUCCUUUAGCUUCACUAUUUAUGGACCAAGGUGUCUGUACUGAUAAGAAACUUCUCCCUGAAGGUUUGGACAAUAAAAGACCAAAGCCAAUUAAGUUGCCAAAUCAGGCCUAUAUUAAUCUACCUCUUUGGAAAGACGAUCAGGGAGAGAAUACAGUAGAACAUGAGAGCUUUGAAGAAGGAGCUUCUGCUAGUUCUACAAAUAGUACUCCUCAAAUGACACCUACAAACAGUCUGAGCAGGACUCUGCAGAAAAAGAAAACUGACUCAGUGCUGUAUGGGUGUGCUGUCCUCCUUGCAUCUGUUGCCCUGGGCUUAGAUAUCAGAGAGCUGAACAAAUCGCAGGGUCCGGAUGAACUCUUAGCUAAAGAUGAGAAGAAGAAGCGAGAUGGAAUAUUUCAGCGUGCUUCCAAAUUUCGCCGGAGUGCCAGCCCUACACGACUGCAGUCCAAGAAAGAGGAAACAAGUAUUCCAUCCCUCAAUCCAGCUGCAAAUACUGUGAAUCUUCUCUCCAUGCCCUCCAUUUCCACAAAAUGCCUACUUCAGUCUGACAGUGAAGAUACCUUCAUAAGCCCUGUGCUUGGUGAUUGUGAUUCGUGUGGUUCCACUGAUGACUUUUCAUCUAAAACUUCUGAAAAUAAGAGAGAGCAGAGGACACUGAUGGCUCCUAACAUAGUUUCUACACAAUUGAAAAAUCAGCCUUUUAAUCUUUGUACAAAACAAGCAUCUCAAAAUGUGCCAAAUAAUUCCUCAACGAACUUUAGUGUGUUUGGUCACAGACGAACCUUAUCAGAUGGGAACAAUUUUCAGACCUCAGCUAACGGAUUUGCUUCAACCAAUGAUGUCUCCACAUUACCAGCGCUGUCAGUUACUGGAACUCUCCACUCUCCAUCUAUUCAACAAAGAACAAACCACACUGGUAUUUCAGCUGAAAAGCAAAGUGCUGUCAGUAUCAUCUCAAGGCCUCGACCUUCUUCUCUAAGAAGUAAAAUUGAUGCAUGGCAGAUUAUUCCACACAUCAUUAAACCAAACUCUAAAGACUCUGAAUAUUUAGAGGGCAAUGUAGAUCCAGAUGUUAACUUCUUGCCAGAUACAGGGGAAAGAACUAACUGCCACAUGCCCUCAUUACUUGAUAUUGAUGUGGAAGGUCAAAACAGAGACUGUACUGUGCCUUUAUGUAGAAUGAAGAGCAAAGCUUCUCAGCCAUCUAUAUACGAACUGGAGAGAGAGUUUCUGUCAUGAGUGCCUUAUGUUUUUAAAAUAUUUGCUUUUUAAAGGGGAACAAAUAUAAAAUUCUUAUCUCUGAUGCUUUGUGCUGCUGUUUUCUGAUGUACUGUGACAGAUAGUACCAAAAUUAUUAAAAUGGGCAGCUAAUUAAGAAAGUGUAGUAGGUGCCUUUUUCAAAUGUUCCUUGGAAUCACAGCUAGUAACUAAAAUGCUGCAAAGUAGUGUUCUAGUUGAAGUUGGUAAGCAUAUUUUGAAUGACUAACCAUGCCCACCACCCUCUGCUGUGUCACAGAAGUUUUCUUUUGGUUCUGAGGGAUUUUGCUAGAAAUUUCUUUUUUGCACAUUGAAAAACAAAUGAAUGACAUACGGUAAGGUGGUGUUCCAUCAAGAAGUUUUGCCUACGAAGUAAUUGCACCUUGCCUCUAUGUACCAUUGAAUUGGAUAGGGAGGCAGGGUAUUCAAGGGGCUGGUGCAGGAGACACUGUUCACCCUUUAUUGUGUAGCUGGUUACUUUUGAUAUUUGAUACUGAAAUUGGUUAAGGACCAGCAGCUGAAUUUGCAGUCUUCACCCUUGGAUUUUGUGAGAAGUUUCAAUUGUGUAUGUUAGUUUCUCCAGGAAGUUACACUGCUUAUAUAAACACUUAGGUUUCAACCACCGUAUUGAUUUGAGAGGGUAAACCUUAGCAUUGUGAUUGGAUUAAAGGUAUUUGACAUACUUUAUAAUGUGAAGCAACAUUCCUUGCAGGUAAGGACACACUGGAACGUAAAUAUUUGUACUCUUAACGUUUUGAAGACUACAGUGUUUGCACUGAAAACAAUAUUCUUGGUUUGGGAUCUUUUAUUUUGUUUGCGGUGGAGGGGUUUGUCUCUCCUCUUGUUUUUUAAGCUCUGCUGCACCUUGUAUUGAGGAAAGAUGAUGCAUUUUAAGGAUGAUUUGAUUUUAAAUGAGACAAUGGUGUGGUUUACUGCACUCAGAUUUUAAAUUUGCAAUAAUUUUAUAUUAAACCUUUCAGUGUAACCUCUGCAGCUUUUCUUCUUAAAGUCACUACUGAGUGCCCAGUUGUUCAUAUUUAAGAACUGAAGGGCAGAAAUGAAUAUGCUUGACUGGUUUUCAGUGCUAGAAAGUAUUCAGAAAAUUCCAAAUAGUUAAUUGAGGGGAUGAACAUUUAACCUUGAUAACACUGAUAGUUUAAUUUUUUACAGUCUGUGAUUAAAUAAAACCAAAUACACAGUUUACUUUCCCUGAUGAAAGCAUUUAUAGAAUUAAAGGCAUCUCCCUUAUAUUCUGGUAUUUGAAGUUGUAAUUUUGCCUGUCAUUUGACAUAUUUAAAAAUAGUCUUCAUACGUAAAAUUAGAUAAUGUUUGAAUAAAAAUGCAAUGUUCCCAUCAAACCCCUGGUUUUUUGAGACCUUGAAGUGUUUUUUCUUCCUUUCUCUGGAGUCUGGGAGUUCAGCUGUCAAAUAGAAUACACAAUUGUUUGAACCAUCAAAACUAAGGGAUUUCAAAAAGUUUCUGUUCUAAGACUGGUAUACAGCACAGUGGCUACCUUGAGAAUGACAGAUAAUUCUGCAUGCAAAAUCACUUAGCCUUAAUCCUACAGAGCAGAACACAGAAAUUUGUGACCUCCCAGCACACAAGGUGAAAACAGAAAAGGAUUUCCUUAAAAUAUUAAAAUACUAGUUUCCAAAAA